GUAUGUUUCCCUGACAACAUUUUCGUCAUACGCGGAAAUCACGAAGAAGAAAGUCUGAACCAGCUGUACUCGUUCGCCACCGAAGUUCACUCCAAGUUUGACGCCAAGUCGAAUGAUGCGAAAACAGCGAUGGAUCCAAUGUACGAUCAUUUCAAAAACGUCUUUAUGAACUUACCACUUGCUUGCUUGAUCGGACGCGAUAUUCUUGCAAUGCAUGGAGGAAUCAGUCCAAAAUUGACAUCACUGCAAGAUAUACGAGAAAUUGCUCGUCCCAUAGAUGAAUUCAUGAAAGGUACUCUGGCCUGCGACUUGGUGUGGUCAGAUCCGGAUACACUAAAUAAAGUGGUUGAAUUUGAACCGAAUCUUGAGAGAGAAGCGACUGUAGGCAUAGGACAGCUUUUUUCACAAUCUGCUGUGAAAGAUGCUUGUAGGAGAUUGAAGGUCAAGAUGAUCAUUCGAGGACAUCAGGCUCCUUUGCAUGGAUACGCUCGCUGGGCGGGUGGACUUCUCAUCACUUUGUUUUCUGCUCCUGCUUACAAAGGGAGUACAGAAGACACGGUGAACCUAGGAGCAUGUAUCGAAAUUCCCGUCAGCGGGAAUCUCGUUGUGAAACAGCUCAAGGUUACGGAAACUAUACGGAAGAAGCGUGCAGAAGACGUUUACAGCCGGCAGAGAACCCGAUCGAAUCUGAGCGAUCACUUUCUCAGCUUCUUACCCUCUUCAACAACGAACAAUCUUUCAUUGAACCAAACAAAAAUCCACAGUUAUUAA